ACCACCUCUCGCGAUACGCUCGUGUCCUCUCGCGAGCGAACUGCUAGCGCAGACAGUCCUCUCAGCACAGGGAAAUGGAGAAAGAUGAGAUCUGAAAAGGAGCAAAUGACGGCAUUGAAGGACAAGGGCGUCUUGAAGAUAAAGUUGAGGGACAAUUCGGGGGACCAGGACAAUAUUCCCAAGCAGAAAGAAGAGAAAAAAGAGGUGUUUACGAAGGUGGUCAUUCGAAGGCUCCCACCCCACCUGACCAAGGAGCAGUUAGAGGAACAUCUCAGCCCGCUUCCUUCCUAUGACUACUUUGAGUUCUUCUCUGCUGAUCCAAGUCUGUACCCACAUUUGUUCUCCAGAGCCUACAUCAACUUUAAAAACCAGGACGAUAUCCUAUUGUUCAGAGAUAGAUUUGAUGGCUAUGUCUUCAUUGACAACAAAGGUCAGGAGUUGGCUGCUGUGGUAGAGUUUGCCCCCUUCCAGAAAGUCUCCAAAAAAAAGCUCAAAAAGAAAGAUGCCAAAGCUGGAAGUAUCGAAGAAGACCCGGAAUAUAAACGCUUCUUGGAGAACUACUCCUGUGAUGAGGAGAAGUCGAUGGCCAACCCUGAGACGCUCCUGGGGGAAAUUGAGGCCAAAACCAAGGAGCUUAUAGCCAAAAGGACAACACCUCUGUUGGAUUACAUCAGAAACAAGAAAAUGGAGAAACAGAGAAUCCGAGAGGAGCGGCGACGGCGAGAGUUCGAGAAAAAGCGACAGCGCGAGGAGGAGAAACGGAAGCGGCGUGAGGAGGAGAGGCGCAAACGGAAAGAAGCUGAGAAGCAGAAGAAACUUUCUGAUAAAGACAUCAAAAUUAAGCUGCUGAAGAAGAGCGACAGGGACGAUGAUGUGGACUCAGACCGCCUGAAGCACAAAAGUGACGUCAAUGAAUUGGAGAGGGGGAAAUGGGAAAAAUCAAGUGGACAGAUGAAGUUCAAGGAUUCCAAGGAAAAUCUCUUCACUAGAGGUCAGCCUGAGAGUGACAAGGAGCAGCAGCAGAGCCGCAGACAACGAGACAAGGAGCAUCGUGGGAAAGACGAUGACAGGAAGCGUCAGAGGCACCACUACGAUUUUGACAAGUUCGCGCGGCGCAAAGACGAGACCAAGUGGGGCAAGGGCUAUUGCCAGGACCGUGCCAAGAAGGAGCCCCACCACCACACCUACACUUUCUGCCCUGACAGCGGCGACAAGCAGAUGAAGGAGGACAGGGACGAGCUGGCAAACAGAAAGGAGCGCCUUCGAAACAAGGUGAGCGAGAAGGACCGCCCGGCCAUGCAGCUGUACCAGCCUGGUGUGCGAAAUCGUAAGGGUGUCAAUUCGGCCGGCAAAGGCUACGACUGCAUUCCAGUGGGCCACUCACCCGAGGGCGAGGGGGUGGGCUGCUUCGAAGUGGCUGCCAUGGCAGCGGUGCAGGACAAAGCCUACAACAACAGCAAUGAUGAGCACGGACACUUGUAAGACAAUGUUCAUGUCUCACAAAGGAGGGUUUGGAACUAAUCGCCAUCAUAUUUAUUUUGUGACAGUGUGCAUUACAUUAAAUUAUUGGUGAUACAUUCUACUAUGAUAGAAUUAUAUAAAUAAACGGCACAACAACACAGUUUCAUUAUAGAAUGGAAAUAAUGGGACUAUUUGGUUAACUGUAUCCCAUAAACUUUGGAAAAUAAUGCACUUGUUAAAUCCUUUCCACAAGGCUGUGUUUUAAAUGAGAGAUGUAGGCCGGUUGUGCUGUAACCAUGAUACUGAUAAAAGCAGAAAAUGCGUUGAAACACCUACACUGCCCACAGCUGUGCCGCCCAGGGGUGUGGGUAUUCUUGUUUUAUCCCUACUGACUUUGUGGGGACAUGUUGACUUUCACCUAUUAAGAUGCAUGUGUCAUCCUGAUCAAAGCAUUAUUACAAUCAUCGUUCAUUGGACAAUUUUGAGAAACUUCCCAGAAAAAUAAAUAGUCUUUAUUUUGAGCCAGAUAACUAAUGAAAUAAUAAAAAUGUGCUUUUAGGCAAUCUUGUCCAUGUAAUAAGAAGCUGUUGUAACCCACCCCCUUAUUUAUUCCUACUUUGCACAAUCGAAAAUAAAGCAAAUUGAGU